AUGAUUCCCGUUGAAGCCCUCAGCAAACAGCCUGCUACAGCCACUGUAUUGAGAUACCUGGAUAAGUUUCUAUCUGACAAGCAAACGUACAAUAUCAUAGUGAGAGGGAAUGCGAGCGGACUCUAUGGAUUGGAAGAUGGCGCUCUUCGGGGGGAGGUAGAAGUACGCGGGCGCGGUACGGAGCCAGCGUUACUCAACGACUUGCACUCAACGCUGCCGCCUGCCGCGCCCGAAACCCUGCACACCAUCUCGCUCGUCCUCAAAGGCCUGGUUUUCAUCAUCAUCAUCCUCGGAGCGCUGCUCGGGAACGCCCUCGUCAUCAUAUCUGUCCACCGACACAGGAAGCUUCGCGUCAUCACCAACUACUACGUCGUCAGCCUCGCAGUCGCCGACAUGCUGGUGGCAUUGUGCGCGAUGACAUUCAACGCGAGCGCUGAGUUGACAGAUGCCUGGCUGUUCGGGCCUCUAGUCUGUGAUAUCUUCAAUUCCCUCGAUGUAUACUUCUCCAGCGCUUCUAUCCUCCAUCUGUGCUGUAUAUCCGUUGAUAGGUACUACGCUAUCGUCCGGCCUUUAGAGUACCCAGUAACGAUGACACACAGAACUGUUUGUUUUAUGCUCGCCAAUGUUUGGUUAUGGCCAGCAUUCAUUAGCUUCGUUCCAAUAUUCAUGGGAUGGUAUACGACGGCGGAACAUCGGCACUACAGAAAAAUGCAUCCAGAUGUUUGUAUAUUCAAAGCCAAUAUGGUGUAUGCGAUUAUAUCGUCGAGCGUUUCCUUUUGGAUACCGAGUAUAGUCAUGAUAUCAAUGUACUGUAAGAUAUUUAGAGAAGCGGUCCGGCAAAGGGAAGCUUUGACGAGAACGUCGUCGAAUAUUCUUCUAAAUUCUGUCCAUAUAAAGCAUACAUCGCACAGUGCGCACCAUUCACAUUACUUACACCCCGAUAGAAGGCCGUCAGACAUAAGUCCAAACUAUAGCACUUUUACGGAAGUAGGACCAGAGGAGACUGAAUUUGGUGGAGAAGUUGUGAUGGCGUUAGGAGAUAUUUGUCCAAGCAAAGAAGCAAGUCCAAGAAAAUCAGUGAACAUUAGCUGUGAUACAGCGAGCUCGGGGUAUUGUUCUGGUGGGUCAAACAAGAGAUCUUCAAGCGGACAGCCUCCCAUUGGAUGGAGACCCAGUUGUACAUCAGCUGUUGCAACAAGAGACUUAGCGAGAGCAGCAACAGAGCUAAAUUCUCAAGGUGCCAGUCUUCGUGCAGCCGGCAAGUCGUGGCGAGCUGAACAUAAGGCAGCGCGCACACUGGGCAUCAUCGUUGGUGCAUUCUUGUUGUGUUGGCUACCAUUUUUUCUUUGGUACGUAACAACAAAUGUGUGCGGCGAACCAUGCGAGACACCAGACGUAGUAGUCGGUGUACUAUUCUGGAUCGGCUACUUUAACUCCGCUCUAAACCCACUAAUCUACGCGUAUUUUAACCGCGACUUUCGGGACGCGUUUAAAAACACGCUCAUGUGCGCCCUACCUUGCUGCUUCAGCUGUUGGAAAGAUACGGGUGCGGCGGCUUUUGUGUGAUAAAGAAUAUUUUGUAAGGACUGUAAACUUCGGUGAACAUUAUUUAAUUAUAAUAUUUGUUAUAUUUGAAAUAAAUUUUAUUAUCUCGAGUGUUCUUAAAGCCAAACUUUCAACUCAGUUCUAAAUCUAGUUAAACUAUGCGUAUUUUAACAGCCACUUUCGGAACGCGUUUAAAAUAACGCUCAUGUGCGUACUGUCUUGCUGUAUCAGCUAUUGGAAAGACAGAAGUCGCUUUUAUGUGAUAGACUCGCAUUGUGUAUAUUAUAGGAUUAUUUUAGGUGAUUGAGGACUGUGAAUCUCGUUAAAUAUUAUUUAAUCAGGGUGGAGCCAAACGAGCGUAAUUUCGUGAAAUGUUAAUCGUGGUAUAUUAACAGCAAGAAAAAAGUAAAGCUGGAGUAUCCCAAUUCCUAAGAAAGCCACAGCAUGAACAGAAACCUAGAAUUGGCUAUGGACCAUUAUUUCAACAAUUACACAUUCUCCCACUCCCGUCUAUGUAUAUAUUUGAUAUUUGUGUAUUUGUUAAACAACACGAAUAUUUGUUUAGCAAAGCACGUGAUAUUUAUCCGAGGAACUCAAGAAAUAGGGAUCGACUAGUAACAACAUAUAGAGCCAAUAAUGCAGCAUACCGAAAGUGUAGUCAUGCCAUGUGCAUAAAAAUAUAUAAUAAACUACCCCCAGGCUUACGUCAGUUAACUUCUUUAGCACGUUUCAAAAAAGAUCUUUUUUCGUGGUUGAUAAAUAAAUGUUUU